CCACAUCAACACUAUACUCGAUCACUAGCAACACUAUCUGUGCUCACCGAUAACCACAACAACCACCCACUACACCAUACCAUCACAUCAACCACACAAAAUGUCUCCCAACUACAGCGUAGUAGAGCCACAUCCAACCGUCCCCAAAUCAGGAGGCUACGUCGGCGGUGGUCGUGGCGGCGCAGGCAACUUCAAGCGCUACAAGGCAGAAGAGAUCACCGACGGUCAAAAUGCCAGCGGCCCAGCAUCGCGAAUCACACUUUCGCGACCAUUCCGACGACACAUUCCAGCCGGACGUGGUGGCGCAGGCAACAUGUUCUCCGAGACCGAAGAACCAAUCUUCCAAUUCGAUGAAGAACUCAAGUCUCGACAGCACUCUACUCCAGUUUACCGUAUCGGACGUGGUGGCGCUGGCAACAUGGUGAACGAAAUCAAGGCCAACACUCUCUCUCGCAAAGACAGCACAGCUUCGGAGGCGGAGUCGACUACUAGCCGCUUUUCUAUUUCCAGCAUUUUCAGAGGACCUUUGAGCCGGUGAUAUCCGGGUGAUGGGUGAUAGGACUCUUCGAUCACGACGAUUACUGCUUUCUCAUCAUUACGACUUUACGACAUGCAUCUUGCAUCACCCCAAAAGCGUUGGCGCCGGGCUUCUGGACACCAUCAAAACCGGGAGGAACAGUCUGCCAUUCUUUCAUCAUCAACCAACCAAAAGUUCGAGAGCCGGCGUGCUCAUGAUUGCUGUAUUAUAUUUUGACACACCCGAUGAAGACAUUGUGGAAUGAUACCCGUUCUCCAUAGCGAUUGGGAUUUGCUUCCAAGUUGCAUAGCAGUGUAGCUGCUACGCUCGAUCCAUAUGAUGAUUCAGAAUCUCUCA